GGAUUCAGAACAGGAAGUGAAUCAUAGCUGCUGUUCUGCUAGCCAAGUCAACACUCUUGGAAGUGGUGGUUGACAACAGGCACAAAGGAUAUAUAAGGGGUUGGUAGGGUUUUUCAAAAGGCGAUUUUUGUCGUCUUUUGGAGAAAAUGGAGGCAGAAGACGAUGGGGCGUCAACGUUGAAAAAUCAAGAUUUAAGUUCCCUUCAGUCAGACGUGUCUGUGGUGUUGGCGGAGUAUGGCUGGUAUCUUCUGUUCUUGUGCGUCGGAGUAUACGUGGCCCUGCAGCACUUGUAUAAGAAGAGGGCCCAACAAGAGGACACUACCAGCACCGGAGCCGUGGCAGAUCCUGUGUCUGUGGUGCGGCGCCAAGAGGGCAUGGAGGCUGCACGCAAGAGGAUGCAGGAGGAGCUGGAUGCCAAAGCCGCUCUCUUCCUGGAGAAGCAACGAGAGGUCGAAGAGGAGAAGAGGCAGCAGAAAAUCGAGAAGUGGGACAAUUUGAAGGAAGGCAAGAGUUCGAAAGGAAAUACGAAGUUGACAGAGAGUCCUGAGGAAGCUAGUACAUCCACAGCGCUGAAGCCCAAGGCGGAUAAAAAGCCUCUACGUAGCAGCGGUUACAAUCCCCUGAGUGGUGAAGGGAGCAGCACGUGUGCAUGGAGACCGGGGAGAAGAGGCCCUUCAUCAGGUGGAUGAGGUUAAAGUGUGCCAGGAGAAACCAGAUGCAGAGAUCUCUUCCCCCUCUCUCUGCCUCGCUCUCCUGGCAAAGUAUAAGACUGUCAAACUGUCGACUGAAUGAAGCUGUCACAUCGGCCAGUGCUUUAGACCUCUUGGGUCAAAGUCAAACCUUCUGUUCUCUCUCUGUCUCUCCUGAUUAGUUACCGAACAAGUUGCAUUUUAAAGAGGUAUAUCGGCUUAAUUUUUUUAAAUACAUACGUUUAAAGGGAGUACAACCAGAACCUUUUUUUCUUUCUGUGAUAAUACAAUCGUUGUCAACUUUUUUUUUUUCCAAGUUGCAAAUGUCCUGUUAUCCUAAAUAGUGAAUAUAAUGGAAAACAUGCAGUCUCAGAAUAGGCAUAAUAUGUAAUAGGGCUGUAACGACAAUGUAUCAAACAGAGAAAUUACGAUACACAGAGUCUUGAUUCUGUAUCCCGGUGCAAGAAGGCAGUAUGGUGAUGCACUCUUUCAAUGCUCUGUUACCCUUCAGCAGGGCUCUAGAUUAACUUUUUUCGUCCUCAGCCAAAUGGCGGGUAGAUAUUAAUCUUACUAGACAAACACACCGUUACUAAUGGGUCAAAGUGGCUAGUAAGUUGGUCUUCUCUACCACCCACCAGCCGGUUGGUUAGAGCCCUGCCCUUCAGUCCAGAUAACAAUCACAUGAUAUGAUGUAAUGGUGCUUCCAAGCUUCAAAAAGAUACAUUUUUAAAAAUCAUGGGAUAGAUCAAACUGUGUAGGUCAAAAAUCGUGAUACGAACUGAAUCUUGUCUUAAGUGUAUUGUUACAGCCCUUUUAUGUAGAGCACAUGGCUCUGCUGCUGACUGGAUUGCAUCUUUUUCAUGCAGUAGUCUACAGAUGCAUUGAAGAUAUUGAACAUAUCUAGGAACAUAUGGUUACUUAAGCAUUUUAGUUACAGUUAUCCAAUGAAAUAGGAAUCUUAUGGCAUUGUAUUCAUUGUAAAAUUAAGCCGUGCAUCUCUUCUAUUAUGGUUUACCACUCAUUUUAGCUGACUAUGUGCCAUACAGUGAACCGUGUCAUUUUAGAAUGCAUUGUUUUCUUUGGGAGGUUGUGAUUUGUCUACACAUUGUUAAACUGAAGGAUAACCAGUAAUGGCUUUUCUAGCCAUUUAGCAAUAGCUUGGCACUGUGAGAUGGACAGCUUUUCAAUGACGCCAACCUCGUAAAUGGCAGCCAUGCCACUGGGGUUGGCUGAAUAUCAAGUCGAAGUUUGUAUAUUUUUUUAUUUUAUUCAUUGCUGUUGGA